AUGAGUGAACCAAAAAAGAAAAAGAGUGGCUAUCAGUUUAAAAGACUGAGAGAAGAAAAACAAAAAAAGACAGAUCAACUCUUAUCAAAAGUUGCAAAAAUACAGUCUUAUUUUGGUGGUCCAAGCGGUUCAAAAUCUUCUGAUGUAUCGAUUGCAGAAGAAAAGAAAUGCAGUGAUGACACUGUUGAAGAACAUGUGAUGCACAGUGAUGUUAAUAAAGAUGUUGAAAUGCAUGAUGACUCCAUUCAAACACCUAGUACAUCUUCUGUUUCUAAAUCUGGCGAAGCAAAAUCUAGUUCUGAACCUGUGGUUGAAGUGGAUAUGUGUACACCAGCUUCAGUUUCUGGUGAUCCAGCCAUGUGGGUGAUUAACGAAGAAAUUAGAGAUCAUAUUGCACUUCAUGGAAUACAGCAAAAUACUAGUGUAGACUUCAGCAAAUCAAAAAGAGUGUAUGGAGAUAAUGUUCGAUUUUGUACAGAAGACCUUUUUAAAAGGAAGAUGAAAAAUGGAGAGUUGCAAAAGAGAUCUUGGUUGGUUUAUUCAGAAAACAAUGGUAGUAUCUAUUGUGUGCCAUGUUUACUUUUUGGUGAUCAACUCAAUGCAUUUUCAAGUUCAUCUGGUUUUAAUGACUGGAAAAAUGCUGCAGGGAGAAUUCAUAAACAUGAAUCUUCACAGCACCACAGAUCAUCUGUUGUUGCACUAAAAGUUAGAGGAAGUGCCAAAGGACGAAUUGAUAGACUAAUGGUGGAGCAGAUGGAAGAAGAGAGGCAAUAUUGGAGGAAUGUUUUAAAACGUGUAUGUGCCACUGUUAAAACUCUUGCUACACGUGGAUUGCCAUUUCGUGGUACUGAUGAAGAGUUAGGUAGUCUACAUAAUGGCAACUACCUUGGUUUGUUGGAACUAGUUUCAGAGUUUGAUCCAUUUUUACUGCAACAUCUAAAAGAAUAUGGAAAUGUAGGGAGUGGACAUACAUCGUACCUCUCUAAAACAGUUUAUGAAGAAAUAAUAAAAUUAAUAAGUGAUGCAUUGAUCACACAAAUUGUGAGUGAAGCAAAAAUAGCUAAAUAUUAUGGCAUAAGCGUUGAUUCUACCCCUGACAUAUCUCAUGUGGACCAACUGACCUUUAUCUUAAGGUACAUUAGACCUGAUGGUAUCGCUGUGGAACGGUUCAUGGGUUUUAUAGCAAAUGUAGGACACAAAUCUCAACAAAUUGCAGAUAUCAUAUUGAGCACUUUAGAAAAAUAUGGUCUUGACAUAAAGGAUUGUCGAGGUCAAUCUUAUGACAAUGCAAGCAACAUGUCAGGUGCAUACUCCGGUGUUCAAGCCCGGAUUAAGAACAUAAAUCCAUUAGCCCAAUAUGUGCCAUGUGCAGCGCAUUCUCUUAACCUUGUGGCAUCAGUUGCUGCAGAGUGCUGUCAAGAAUCAUCUACAUUUUUUUCAUCUUUGCAACUGUUGUAUAACUUUUUUACAGCUUCCACUAAUCGUUGGAGUGUGUUGAUGUCCUGUCUGAGCCCUGGAACACCUGUUGUCAAGAGUUUAUCCCAAACACGCUGGUCAGCAAGACAAGAUGCAUGCCAAGCUCUAAGAGAAGGAUGGGUGGACAUUUUAAAAGCCCUUGAACAAAUAGCAGAUAAUGUUGAAGAGAAAAAAAAAACAAGAAAUGAAGCUGAAAGUAUUUUUAAUCUUUUAAACCGUCUGGAGACUGCAAUAAUGACAAAUGUGUGGGGAAUUAUACUGAAGAGAUUUAAAGUAGUCAGCAUGAAGUUGCAGAGUGUCCAUAUUGACCUGGGAACAGUGGUUCAAAUGUACAGUUCUCUUGCAGAAUUAAUAAGAAACUUAAGAGACAAUUUUGAACACUAUGAACAGCUUUCUAAGGCAAUGUGUGAAAUUGAAGAGUAUCAACAUGACAUUAAACGAAAGAAGAAACACAACCCUAGAUUUGAUGAAAGAAAAGAGAGCUAUGUAAUUGAGACUGGAAAAGACUUUUUUCGCAUAAAUACUUUUAAUGUUCUUAUGGACGAAAUACUUUUUGAGUUAGGGCGAAGAAGUGAGUCUUACACAGCACUUUUUGAUUGUUUCAGUUUUCUUGAAAAGGUUCACAAUUUGACACUGCCAGAAAUUUCUACAAGUGCAGCUAAUCUUUUAAAAUAUUUUAAUGAUGACUUAGAAGAUGACAUAACAGAAGAGUGCAUCCAACUGAGCGGAUAUCUAAAGUGUUUAAUGGAGCCUGAGUGCAAAACUAUCCCACUGUCAAGACUAUGCAAACUGUUUCAUGAGGAAGACUUAAUUGACCUAUAUCCGAAUGUACACAUUGCAUUAAGACUUUUCUUGACAUCUCCUGCAACUAAUUGUUCUGGUGAAAGGUCGUUUUCUACCUUAAGACGAGUAAAAAAUUAUCUGCGGGGUUCAAUGGCUCAAGAAAGGUUAAACGCACUCUCUCUUUUGGCUAUUGAAGGAGAACUUGUGAAAAAUCUGGGUUGUGAAGAUAUUAUUGAUACCUUUGCAGAGCAGAAAUCAAGAAGAAAGCAUAUGCUGUAA